AUGAUUUCGUAAAAGGUCACUCACAAAAUUCCAGUUAUUCUAACCUUUACUGUAUUUACCUACCAGUGUACUGUGACGUCUGGCGAGUAUAAAAGACGUCACAAAUUCAAACUAAAAAUAAAAAAUAAAGAAAUAUAACUGAUGACGCAUGGUGACGGUGCAGGGAGUGGGUGCUGGGGUGGGCCGGCUAGGCUUAGAUAUUCUUUAGGGGCGACAUGUGACUCGUUAGGUGUACCAAGGUCCAGGUUAGGUUAGCUUGGAUUAAAUUAGGUUAAGGGUUUUUCAAGGUGUUGCUGCCUCGCAGAGCGGUACGCAAGUGAUGGUAAGCUUGUAUGUUGGGUCUUUCAACUAAUAAAUGUAAUAGUUACUUGCGAGAGAAAUGGUUGCCAGAUUCUUUAAAAAUACAUUCAAAUAUGACACAGACAGUUUCGUCCUUCUAAUCUGCGAACGAAAAUUUACCUAAUAAACUACAUAUGAUUAGUGAGGCGAAAAAAAAUUAGCUCAGAUCGAGCGCCCUCACCAAUCUAUAGUAUGGAUUGCAUUAAAUUUUGUUUUAGUCGUCUCGACGGCUAUCAGCUUUAUCGGGUGAUAAGAUACCCCAGCGUGUAACCACUAACGUCGCCGGUCAUUCCCAUGGCCGUGCGGCCCCCUGCCCCAGUAGGUUCCUGCGAUGUUCACGGCAGGAGCAGACGACGACCAUGUGAUGUGCCGGAUGCUGGGCCAGGUAUCCGCGGCGGUAUGGCGGGAGGAUUUUUGGCUGCCCAACAACUACACGUGGGAUGAUCUACAAAACAACGAAGAGCUGCAGUACCCAAGCUCCUACGAGGUGUGGCUGUACCCGGUGGUCAUCGGAGCCUUGUUGGCGCUGCUCAACCACUGGUGGCUGGAGCCCAGCGUCAUUGCCCCGCUGGCCAAAUGGGCAGGACUAAGUGCACUGAAGCCACCCCAUCCGCCAAACAACUCCACACUAGAAUCUUUGUACAAGCAUUACAGCACCAAAGUCCCACAGUCCAUACUGGAGGAAGCCUCGCGAACUCAAUCGAUGGGACUGCAAGAAGCAGAACGAUGGCUAAGAGACAGAAAACGAGCUGACCGCACCACCAAGUACGACAUUUUUCUGACCCUGGGCACCUCUCUGAUAUACAACGUGUUGUUCCUGCUGGGCGCAGUGGCUGUGGUAUCCAAUAAACCGUGGCUGUGGAACAUCCGCCUCUGCUGGGAGGGUUACCCAAUCCUCCCGGUUGGCAGAGGAGUACGCUGGAACUACUUGCUCAUCACGGCCCACUAUUAUUGUCUGUUGAUGUCCGAGGCGAUAAGGCCACGCAGAAAGAACGACGGUAGACUCAAGAUUAUGCUGCACCACGUGUUCACGCUGCAGCUGCUCACCUUCUCUUGGGUGUGCAACUUCACCCGCGUGGGUAUGCUGGUGCUGCUGGUGCAUCUUGUGGCCGACAUCCCUCUCCUUAUAGCCAAAAUGUGCAAGUAUGCUGGCCGUGAAGCCGCCGCAAACGUGUUCUUCGCUUGCUUUCUGUUAAGCUGGCUGGCCACGCGCUGCUACCUCUACCCCUUCUGGGUGAUGCACAGCGUGUUCUUCGAGGCAACCGCCUACAUGUUCAUGCCGUCAGCCUACGUGUUCUUGAGUCUGCUCAUCGCCCUCCUGGGACUCAACCUGAGUUGGACCUUUCUCAUCCUGCGGAUGGUGUUCCGCACCUUCAUCACCAACACCCCGCUCAGGGAUCUCCACGACGACGACGACGAGGACGACGAAAACGGCCAGAGGCGGGAGACAAAGCGAGAAUGAGGUGUUGUUGUUGUUGUUGUUGUUGUUGUUGUUGUUGUUGUUGUUGUUGUUGUUGCUGCUGCUGCUGCUGCUGCUGUUGCUGUGCCACCAUUAAGUUGAAUGAAUAGUUGAAAGGAAUGAUUAUGUCUACUGAUCGAUUUCACAGUCUCUUGGAAGAAAUAUCGAUACUGUUAAAUAUUUGUUUUCCCCUUUCAUAUUUUUUUUUAUUUUGUUUACUUUAUUGAUCACUAUUACUGCUCCCAUGUACGUUAGUUUGAAAUCUAUGAUUGCAAUAUUUGAUGUUCUAGGGGCAAGUGAUGCUGCUCCACGUAGACACACACUGGUUCGUCCAGGACCGGAAGGAAAACCUGCGCCCGUCCAUUCACCGCGCUGCUCCUUGGCCGAUGCUUCUAGAACUUCGUGCCUCGCUCAUAAGCAAUGAACACUUGAGUCCAUCUCUGCUGGCGCCGUAAACAAUAAAUGGUCUUCAAUUUAAAAACGUGAACACUCCGCAACGGAGUUCUUGUAGACUUAGUCAUCAGUGACUAUAAUCAGCUUUUUUUAAAGCUUUCCAUCACAUUAGGAACUAUUACAUGGUUGCCAUGUAUAAUCCACCUUCCAUUCAUUCACUGCCACGUUUGUAAACUUUGUCCUAUUGUCAUACUUGUUAUCUGUAAAAUUGUUUAACUAAUAUAAUUCCACGAUUUCUAAUCUCAUACUCUUAUAUUUACCAAUUAUUUAUGCCAUUUAAUGGAUCGUAUUGGCUAUACAGGCAGCGCCACAUGUGGCCACUCAACUCUAAGCUGUACUUUCCAUAGAGUUCAAGUUAUAGACUAAAGUGCGUCUGAGCCUGUCUCCGAGAUACACCGCCAUGGUGCCGCCUUCACUCCAAGCCGAUGAUGGCACACACGUCACUCCUCCCCGAUUUCAGUAUUUUUCCAUGUCAAAUAGUAGUGUCAGGAAAUCGGGAAGAAGUAAAGUGUGUGCAGUCGUUGGCUCGGAGCGGUGGCGGCACCAAGGCCUUGUAUCCUGGAGGCAGCCUCAGAUGCACUUUAGUACAUAUAACUUGAAUUCUAUGGAAAGUUGCUUUGACAGUUCACCGAGUGGCCACGCGUGGCGCUGCCUGUAUAGCCAAUACGGUAAAUUAAAGACCUCAGUAAUGCUUCAGUACAUCCCUGUAUGUUUUUUCGGCCCCCAAAUAACUUGUCAUCUGUCUUUGUACUAACGCUAAAGAGUCUACGUCUCUUUUUUUAUUUAUUUACAUUUUCAAGGCAAGCAGAACUGGACGGCAAAGCCAAGAUGCAGCCUGAAUAGUACGGGAUAUAGUUUUACAUCAUCCUAACCCAUCAGUCAUUCACACUUCUGACAUGUAAACAAAAUACCUGGAUGCUCUUGUUUCAUCGAAAGUGUAGUGUUUCUUAUUUUGUACACAGUCCGUUUAUUUAGUGUAAUAUUUAUAAUAUACAGAGCACAUGUUUCAUCUAAAGUUCAGUGUUUCUUAUUCCUAUAAAGUGCAUUUGUCGAUAUCAAAGUGCAUGUACCGCUUCUCCGACCACUCACUGCCACUGUUGGUCUUCCCGGAGAGUAAGUUAGUGUCAUAUUUUUUUAUUUGGCCCACAAAUUUUGAUGUCUGCUAAGUUACAAAUGUUCUUUUCAUUACCUUGUUUUAUUUUAUUUCUUUGUUAACUGUGUUUGGGGUUAUUCUGCUGUGGAAAGCGGGGCAUAAUAACGAAGUUCCACAUGCCCAUAUCCAGUAACUUCAAACCAUAGCGUCUUUUCAGCCAUCGCUCGACACGUGUGCCUAAAAUAGAUAAGUGGACAAGGGGAAUAACACGAGAUCGUCUGUCACGCCACAGAAUACUAAUUCUUCGGCAAUCAAACGGUGGCUGUUUUGUUUCGUCGUUUAUCAUGAACGAGACCGAAGAUUUCGCAUGUCUCCUUCUUACUGAUAUCAAAGGAUAAUACGUUUGCAGUACAUCCUCGCUCCCACUGUAUUUUUUUAUGUGUUGCCUACGCCGCCUGUAGGCUGUCUUGAGGGACCUCUUGGGUGACUCCAGUCCGUUAGUGGCGCAGGCGAAUUGUAUUUAUAGUGGCUGUCGUGAUGUAUGAUUUUUGCUUGGCCCAGGCUGCCCCCCGGUGCUCCUUUUGAACGAAGUUGGUGAAUUUAGGGUUGAUUGAAGAUCUGGGAAGCACGUGGGUAACCUUCCGCCACUCGACAAUGGUAUGAAAAAUCAGCGUGUUUCGGUGGGACUCGAACCUAGGUCCACGGGCUCACCACGUCCGCAGGCCGACCACUCGGCCGCCGCCUCCCACAAGUAGUGGCUUACGCCCGUUUCGGCAGGUACUUAUCUACCUACUCCUUUAAAAUCAGUACGUAGCCCCUCCUCCUACACUUCAACCCUAUUUCCUUUCACAUCUUUUCUUGCCCUUCUACUCAUUCUGUUAUCUCUCUCUUAAGCCUUAUUUACCACAUCAACAAACACAAUUUUUUUCGUCUCAUUUAAGACUGACACUUCAGAUGACAGUAUUACCAAGUGAGUUUGAGAAAAAAACUUAUAGAUGAUGACGAUGAUGGUGAUGAUGAUGGCGGUGGUGAUGAUGAUGAUGAAUAACAAUAUAAACAAAUAAAAAAUAUUUGGCUUU